AUGCUUACAGCCGAUGGGAGACUUAUUAAUGCCGAAGAUUCAUCAGAAGUGAUUUUUGUGCGUCCUAAUAUUACCACCUCGCCAAUUCGGCUUUUCCCCGAAAUUAAAAGGCGACAGAAUAUUGGGUCUGAAUAUGGAAUCGUUUUGUACGGUGAUAAGACAGGUACAAGCUCUUCGGAUAUAAAAUCUACCUUUCUGUUCAGCGACACCGAUGUCCUGAGGUUACAAUACGGGGAUAUCCAAUAUCAAUCUUAUAAAAAGAGGCAGGAUGACGAUAGAGGGGUGUUUAAUCUCUACAUGGGACAACAAAGGGAUGAUACAAACAGUAUCCCAACAUCUCUAGAAACAGUAGAUCUAGACGGAAUUGAUGUAACCGAUGUUAUCACAUCUUCGAUAACGGAAACUAGAACAAGUUCUCCAUCUACGAAACCCAAUCCAAAUUCGGGUGCUAUCACCACUGCCACCGGAGACACUACACUAAACUCUGGCUCCACUACCUGGCAGAUUUCAGGAAGGAUUACACUCACAAGUGCUACUCAAACUGCAUCAUUGACAGCAAAUCCUUCCAGUACUUCACCCGACGAAAGUUCCUCUUCGAGCACACUACGAGAACCGAUAACAUUGGUCAACGAAGCAUAUGAUAUCAUCACAUCACUAGGCUAUCAAUGGUACUGUUCAAGCAUCUUAGAUUCAGUUACAACAUCCGAUCAAACUUCUACUACAAAGUCAGGCAUCGAAACCGAUGUUUCGACUAUAUUGCAAGCCUCCACGAUGUUUUACCAACCACCCACGGAUACACAGUAUAUAAUAUUCAGCUUUUCGUCCGGUAUAGCAGUAACCGCUUCUACCGUUCAAAACACGGUACCAAAUACAGGGUGGAGAAAAGGUAUGAAAUUCAUCAGGGCAGAGCGACAAGUUGGAACUUUGCGCCCUAGAACACCAAUACUUCCAGCUUCAUUAUCUUCAUUUGAAGCGGGUGUAAUUACAGAAGCCUCCGGUACGAUAACUGGUAUCCCCUCAACCACUACCAAAACAUUACUCGAACCGCUCCCAACCUCGACACAAACCGUCCCCGGUGCCGGUAAAGUCUUCAUGAAGGACAUGAAACCCGUCUACGGCUACAAAGACCUGCGCGACCCUACCUCUAGGCUUCACCUAGUCGCCAUAAACCAAAAUACACAACCUACAGAUCCACUUCUACAAGCUUAUACUGAGUGGACACUACGAUACAAUAUCUCCGAUCAAUACUAUUACCUCGGUCGACGGCCUGCGUCCCAUGGAUCGUUGAUCUGGACCUAUAAGAGAAACCCUACGGUGCUUGGUGACUAUGCCGUUCAACUAAAUUUCUAUAACUAUGUUAUAGGUAGGGUCGAGGAUCAAUCCGGCACAGUUAAGGAAUAUGAGGUCCUUUACAUUAAUUACGAAUCUUCGAGCACCGCGUCUGAAAACGAACGAUACUCCUGGACACCGGAUAUUUCCAAAGGAAUGCCAGCAAAUGGCAAUUUUUAUUCUUGUCAAUUUAGAGAUGUGAAUAAUGUUGUUCAUUCUUUUGUUGAUUCGAGGGCUUUAUAUUAUGUUAAUCUAGAUAGAAUAUCUGAUUCUCAGUUUAGGGGGUUGGUGGACGGCGCUGGAUUGGAUGGGAGCCAGUGCAUUGUGUCGACGGAUAAUAAGUUCCAGUUCUACUCACCGACCUUGCAGACUUUCGCCCGGAGGCAUAUGUUUGCGGACUUUUAA